AUGCAAUAUAGUGUACCAUUGGACACUACUGAUUGGGUUGAUCAAAAACAAAAUAAAAGACAGUUUAUUUUCUUUGAUGAGCGUUUCACCAUCCAUUUAUGGUUCAAUAAAGAUCUCCAAAAACCAGAUGAUAUAAAUCAAAUCACCUUAGGCAAUUUUACUGUUUGGAUAAAUGAGGCUAUAUUGAUACAAGGACCUACACUUGAUUAUUUUAGGGAAUUAUCAAAAAAUCAUUGGGUCUUAAAAGAAAAUAUAUGUUCGAAAUAUCUCUUCAAAUCUAAUGUAGUGAUGAAUAAUGGAUAUGACAAUGUAAUCAAAUUUCAAGUGAAGUAUCAGAUUAAUAAAGAUAUAUUCAUUAAGACUGGUAGUAGUACUAUGAGCACUAAAAGAAACAUUGAAUCAACCACCCAACAACUAUCUGACUCAUCAUUAAUUGAUGAUCCAGAUGAUAGUGUUUUACCCAGCUUUGAACCUAUCUAUAUCUGGGAUAAUAUGAGGGAUACAACAAAUCUGAAACAAAAUAUGACUAUACAAAAUGACACACAACAAAUUAAAGAGAUAUCUGAUUACCAAAAUAUGGAGUCACAUUCACUAGAAUUUCAAUAUCCAAUAUAUUCAUUAUUAAACAUGAGGUUAAGAAAUUCCUAUUUAAAAUCACAAUAUUGUAUAUUAACAUCAUUGGAUUUUCAAACUUCAAGAUCGUUAACCCAUCUAUGUAAUAAAUAUUCAAUACCAUUAGGUAGGACGCAUUUCAAAUUUGAUUUGAUUAAAUUGGAAUUGAUCAAUAAGGAAUCAAUCAAUAAACAUGACUUUCAUAUUGAAAUAGAACCAAUGAAGGGUCAAGGGUUCUAUAACGAGGCAAAAGAUAAAAGCCUAUUGAUUGUUUAUCCAUAUGAUUCUUUCAGUAUGGCGUACAAAUUACCACCACCUUUAAUUUCUGACAAUGUCUAUCAAAUGGCACAAGAUUUCAAUGAUAAUGAAAAUAUCGACAUUAAACCACACAGAGUAAGAAUCACAUUAAAAUACUUAGUUAAUUUAGACGAAGAUUUAAAGUUUAAUAUUCUUACUGAGUGGGAGACGGAUGUCACCAUAAGAAGAAGACUAAACGGGCGUGAUUCAUUUACUGGUUCAAAUACAGGGCAAUUAAUUCAAAUACCUAGUCAAGCCAAUGGGAACAAUAUACUUUUAAAUAAUACUGCUACAUUAUCAAGGAUAUCAACCAUUUCCUUAAGUUCUAUUGCUAAGUUUAAUAAUAGCACGAUAGUGAAUGCUAAUCAAAAUAGAUAUUCUGGAUACAAAGCAGGACAAUUUGUACAACAACAACAACAACAGCAACAAAUAACAAUUAAUCCUAAUAAUAGUAACAUUAAAUUCAAGUUCAUUAAUGACACAAUGACUUCUGAAAGUGGUAAUAAAUUUAUAUUGAGGUUACAGAUAACUAAUAUGUCUUCGCAACCAUUAGAUUCAGUAAUAUAUUAUAAUAAUCAGAGUCCAACUUUAAUAACACAAUCUAUAAACUUGAGAAAUAAUGGAUUACAAACUUUAGAGAAAAAGACAACUUGGAUUCAAAGACAGAGACAAAUGACUGAGGGGCUCAUUUUAUUAUCGAACGAUUAUAAAGUGCCUAUAAUUAAUCCUCAUGAAUCAUAUUUUGUAGAUUUAUCGUUUGUGGCAAUUAGACCAGGCUAUUAUUCCACAUUAAAUGCACUCAAACUGAUUGAUUUAAAGACUCAAGAAUGCAUAGAAAUUGGAAGAGCGGUGAGUGUUUUAGUGAAAUAA